ACCUUUGCGACCUAUCUUUGACCUCUCUUUCACUCACCUCUCUGACUAUGUACGACAUUAUCGUCGUUGGCGGUGGUGCCGCUGGAUGUGUGAUUGCUGGAAAGCUCUCGGCCGCCGACCCAUCGCUGAAGAUUCUGAUACUCGAAGCCGGACCUCACUCGCACAAUGUUCCACAACACGUCCAGCCCGCUCGCUUCAUUCGUAACGUCCAGCAACCCCAGCUCAUGGACCCCAAGUCUAUCUGCCUUCACGUCGCGCAACCCAGCGAGGCUCUACUGGGCCGCAAAAUCGUGAUGCGGCAGGGAAGCGUCCUCGGAGGUGGCUCGAGUGUCAAUUUCAUGGUUUAUGUCCGACCAUCAGCUUCGGACUAUGACGCAUGGGAAGUUCAGUUCGGGAACAAAGGAUGGGGCUCGAAAGAUCUCAUUCCGCUUCUGAAGGAAGUGGAGGCUUACCAUCCUUUCGAGGAGGGUGCUCCGGUUGGGCCAGUCCAUGGGGACAAGGGCCCCGUCAAGAUCUCCUUUGCAAAGAAGGGGAAUAACGUGGGCGAACAGUUCUUGGACGUCGUCAGGCAGUACGACAAGGCACGUCCGAUUGGCGACUGGAACGACUUUGGCUCUGGUAACAAGUACGGGAGAUGGGCAAAAUACAUUGAUCCAAGGACAGGAAGGCGUUCGGAUACUGCUCACGCCUUCAUCUACAACCAACCGCCCAACCCCAACCUCGUCGUCGAAACAGAGAAACGCGUCGUACGAGUCUUAUUCGAAGGUACCAAAGCCGUAGGCGUGGAAUACGUUGGGGAAGAGAAGAACGAGGAUGGAUCACGAGUCGUCCAACAAGCUUACGCUUCCAAGCUCGUCGUCAUUUCCGCUGGAUCCAUUGCGUCACCAGCUAUUCUCGAGCGCUCCGGCAUUGGCGGAGCAGCCGUCUUGAAAGCUAAUGACAUUGCUCAGCUCGUGGACCUCCCUGGAGUUGGCGAGAACUAUAUGGACCAUUCCGCUGUAUUCUCCGUUUAUCGUUCUGCCGAAGAAGCUGAUACCAUGGACGCUGUCUAUUACGGUGGCCCGAACGAAUUGUCUUCCUAUGAAUCCGAAUGGAAAUCGUCAGGCACAGGCCCACUCUCCCGAAAUGGCUUGGACGCAGGCUGCAAGUUGCGUCCGACACCAGAUGAACUGAAGGAGCUCGGGCCAGCGUUCCAACAAAGAUGGGAUACCUUCUACAAGGACUACCCCGACAAACCGGUCAUGCUUGGUGCGAGUAUGGCCGCUUGUGGUUCGCCCGCGGGUGUCAAGGAGAAGAUGUGGACAGCUGCGUAUUACUCCGCAUACCCAUCCUCGACUGGGUGUGUCCAUAUCGCCGGAGGACGCGACCCAUUCGCUCCCUUGGACUACCAUCCGGGGUAUCUCGACAAAGAGGAAGACGUAGCCAUGUUCCGAUGGGCGUACAAACACUUGAGGGAGAUAGCUCGACGCAUGCCGUUCUACCGUGGCGAAUACGAGGAGCGUCACCCCAAGUUUCCCGAAGGAAGUGCUGCCGCGUGUAACCUGUCUAGGGAACCCGUCGCAAUCGACGCUCCCAAGUUGGUUUACACGAAGGAAGAUGAUGAGGCGAUCGAUAGGUACCAUCGGACCACCAUGGGACCAGCUUGGCAUCCGGCCGGUACUUGUGCGAUGAAGCCUCGAGAGCAAGGCGGCGUCCUCGAUUCCAGACUCAACGUCUAUGGAACCACCAAUCUGAAGGUUGCCGAUGUCAGUGUCUGUCCCGAGAACGUCGGAGCCAACACGUACAGUACGGCUUUGGCGGUUGGUCUCAAGGCCACUGUGAUCAUCGCGGAGGAGCUGGGGAUCAAGCUGAGGAACUGAGUGCAGGACAUUGGCUGGUAGUCAUCCUCUUUUUUUUCAAGUGUGAUAAACAAUUAUGUAUACCUCAGCUACUAUGUACUGGUACUCGUUGAUGUAAAUUAGCCUUAGUCUGAGUGAGCGGACUCACCUCGGAUAUUUAAGCGCCCAUGACUCAACC